GUGGGCCUCCAGGGUGGCCCCGGCCGUCUGCCUGGAAACCUAUGUACGGGUCUGGGGCCUUGUGGUUAGUCGCAUUUGGUGCAUCUGGCACGAAUUCCUUUCCCCAUCUUGGUGGGCGAAGAGCAAGGUGAGCUGCGAGAACAGCACCGGCGCCGGGCUGUCGCUGCUUCCUGUUCCGGCUGUCGCUGCUCAUGCCGAAUCUGGGACAGACGGCGGAGGCGGGGUUGGACUCUGGCACGAUCUCAGCGGCGACGGUUCCACAGGCGUGCGAGCCGCCGUUCGUUGUGGGCGAGUGCGGUGAUGCUACGCCGGAUUCGGCCGUAGUAACGCCGGAUCCGGCCGUCGAAGCGCCCUUGCCGUACAUUCAACUACUGGAUCAAGUGGUGGGCUUGGUUGAUGUCCAGUCCUCCGGUGCUUCCUGCAAGAGCUUCAGUGCUGGUGGCGGAGAUCUGGCAUCCGCAAACCCCGGGUGCGGCACUCCUGCCGGCGUCUCGCACACAUCCGCCGAGUCCAGCCGCCGCAGUGCCUCGUCGGGUUCCUGCACGACAUUCAGUUCCGGGGGCGUGUGCCUGCCGUCGGCGCGAGACGCCAACGAUACGCCGGCCGUCGUCUCAAGCUCGGCCGUGCAGUCCUUAGCCCAAAACGGGGCGGCCUCGGGGAACAGCACCAUCCGCGUUGGAUGGAAACGCAGGCCUAGAGGUCCUCGUGCGCCAGACGAGAGAUCUGUAGUAGUUGAUCGUGUGCCGCCGCUUGAAGCUGCAAUUAGAGGAUUCGCUGAUAGGGGGACUGAGGUGGUCGUCAACCCGGUGCUUGGCACAAUUUUUGAUUCGCUGGCAGAGGCGUAUGAAUUCUAUAAUCUCUAUUCCUGGGAGGUUGGAUUUGGGAUUCGAUAUGGCAAGAGCAGGCAAAAUGUCAGUGGCACGAAAUGUAUGCAAGAGAUUGUGUGUGGCUGCGCUGGGAAACCAGAGAGGGAGAACAGCUCGUCAAUGAGGAGCAAUUGCGCCGCCAUGCUUCGUUUGCACCGGACAGAUGAUGGGGGGUGGUAUGUAUCUGAAAAUCGUGCAUCCCACAACCAUGAAAUGCUACGGACCUGUGCUGAGAAGUUACACUGGCCAUCACACCGGCACAUUGACACAUACACAAGGGAUCUUGUGAAACAGUUGCGCCAGAACAAUGUAAACCUGGGGAAGGUCUACAGCAUAAUCGGCAGCCUGUUUGGUCGGAUGGAGAACGUCCCGUUCACAAAGAGGUGCCUUAGAACAUUUUGUGGAAAGCUUAGUAAGGAGCAGGCGGAUGAUGAUGUGCGGAAGACUAUGGAUGCAUUCUCUGAGCUGGGAUCAAAUGAUCCGGAGUUUUCUUAUGUUGUUGAAGUUGAUAAAGAAAGCAAGAUAAAAACACUGCUGUGGACUAAUGGUAGAAGUAAGAUGCAGUACCACAAUUUCGGGGAUGUGUUAACGUUCGACACUACUUACAAGACAAAUCUAUACGACAUGCCUUUUGGGAUAUUCGUCGGGGUGAACAAUCACUUCCAGAGUAUAAUCAUGGGAGGAGUCAUGAUGAGAGAAGAAACGAUUGAGAGUUUCAAAUGGGUUUUCACGGAGUUCAUUAGACUGAUGGGCGGCAAGCAUCCAAAAACAAUACUUACAGAUCAAGCACGCGCAAUGGAGGUUGCUAUAGAACAAACAAUGCCAGAUACCACACACAGGUGGUGCAAGUGGCAUGUUCUCCGGAAGGCGAAGGAGCACCUCGGGCCGCAUUACACAAAAGCAGUGAUUUUAGGGCUGCGUUGCACAAGGUGGUCAAUGAAAUGCUGACUGUGGACGAGUUCGAAUCUGCUUGGGCUUCCCUGCUUGACAAAUACAAGCUUCACAACAACACGUUCCUCAUACAAAUUUUCGAGGUUCGUCACAAGUGGGCGAAGUCUUAUUCUAGUGUCAAGUUCUGUGCGAAGCAAACGAGUACGCAAAGAAGCGAGAGUGCAAACCAUUUGUUGAAAGGCUACAUCCCGCCUGCAUGCCCCAUGAACCUUUUUGUGAAGCAAUAUAGCAAAUUGCAGUUCGACCGUGAAGCUGAGGAAGGAUUCCAAGAGAAGAGAACGAGGCUGGGCGGGAUAGUUCUCCGAUACAAUUACCCUUUGGAGGAGCAUGCAAGUAAAGUCUAUACCCGGACAAUGUACGAGAUGUUUGGCCAGGCUUUGUAUCGCUCUGGUAGGUAUGAUGUUGAGGAAGUUGAGCGGGGCAUAACCUACCACGUGCGACAUGUUGAAGCUGAGAAGCGAGAGAAGUGGUGCCGUGAAAUGCAUGUGGUCAGUGUCCAUGAUGGCGGUGCUAGGUACACAUGCGAAUGUGGGCUGUUCGAGCACAUGGGGAUGCUUUGUUGCCAUGCUAUCAAGGUUUUAAUUCAUUUGGGAGUGAGGAAAAUACCCAGAUUCCAUGUCAUGAAAAGGUGGACAGUAGAUGCCCGCGACAAUUUUCCACUACACCUUCUCCAUUACCAAAAGGAUCAAGGGCCUCCGCGGUUAUCCUCCUACAGGCAUACAACACUGCACCUGACCGCGCUUGAGUUUGUCCAUCUUGGUGAUAGCAAUGUCGAUGCAUUCGAUAGAGCAAUGGACAUAUUGAUUGCAGGCAAGGCAGAGCUGACUGUUUUGGCGGCGGUCAAGGAUGGCAAAAGUUUGGUGGACCAAACUCAAAUUGGGGAAUCAGCCAAUCCCACUCAGGGGAUCGGCGCAAGUUCUUCGCAACCAGACGACAUGUGUUCUCAGAUGUUCAUCUCCACCGAGUGUGGGCUUAGUUCUGUUUCUGGUGAAGCUGGGUCCAGUAUCUCACUGUCGACGUUGCUGCCGCCUGAUAGGAAGAAGCAGAAGGGUAGGCCAACCACGGCGAGGGACAAACCUGGAUAUGAGGUCAAGGACGCGCGAUCGAAAUUUUGUACGGUUUGCAAGGAGAAAGGGCACAAGAGUUUGGAUC